UUUCGCGACGUUUGGUUUCUAUAGUAACGCGUCGCCUGGGUGGGAACACUGGAGACUAGCGAUCAUUCAACAUGAAGGGGAAAGGGAAAGGCACGAAGGGAGGAAAGGGGAAGAAAAGUGGCGGCGGGGGCGCCAAGGCGAACUUGAAGACUGUGAAAGAGGAGUCGGAAGCCGACAGGGCUAAAGCUGCGGCGGCGCUAUGGGAGGCCAGGCUGGAGGUCACCGAGAUCUCCCGCAAAGAAUACCGGGAGGCCGCCCGCCGCCUUGCUCGUAACAACGAAGAGCUGGAGCGGCAGCAGCGGCGGCUGGAAAAGGACACCGUCGAGGUGAUCAGCUACCUCAAGAAGCAGGACGCGGAGAAGGAAGAGCUGAUUGAAAAGCUGAAGCUGCAGGUUACUGAACUGAAACAAAAGGCCAAAGAGGAGAGCGAACAAGUGGCAGAGCAAUUUGCCAAACAGUUGGAGGAGAUGGAGGAGAAAUUCCACAAAAAGGCCAAAGAGAUAGGCCUAAUCCAAAUUGAGCUAAAAAUGAUAAAGGAAUUUCGCAAAAAGAAAGCACUUUUGGAAAAAGAACUUGAGGAUCUAAAAGAUACCUUGGACAUAACAAAAAAAGAACAUCAGGAAACAAUCUGCAUGUUGGAGAGAAAGUUCCUUGAAGAAAAGCAACGCCUAGAAAGAGAAGCAGAGAAGAAGAUUAUAAUGCUGGCAGAAAGAGCACAUCAUGAAGCCAUUGUGCAGUUGGAUAAUGCUGGAAAAACAGUUUUUACAGAGAAUAUUCAUCUUCAUGAGGCUCUUGGAUACCAUAUGAAGGAAACAGAAGAGUUACAAAAAAUCAGGCAAAAAUUGGAGGAGGACAAUGCCUUUCUCUUACAGGAUAAGGAGACCAAUGACCUAUUAGUUCAGGAAAAGGUCAUGCAAAUUACUCAGCAAAAAGCACAAAUCCAGGAGCUGCAAAAUCUGGUAAAAAAUCUGGAAGCUGCUGUUAAUCACAUGGCCAGAGAAUUUAAAACAGAAGUUGAAAGUACACGACAGAAGGCUUUGGUACAGAACCAGGCAGGUCAGACAGAAAUUGAAAAGUUGCAGCAGCUGCUGGAGAUGAAGGAGAGAGAGAUGAGCAGAGUGAAGAAAUUAGCCAGAAACAUCUUGGAUCAAAGGACUGAGGUGGAGAAAUUCUUCUUAGAUGCUCUGGAACAGGUGAAGCAGGAGAUCAUAACCAGCAGGAAGUGCUACAAGCAGGUGGCCCAAGCUGCAUACCAAAGGAAAAUGAUGGCAGCAUUUUCAGGGAAAGAGGAAUACCCCAAAAUCAGAACCUUCAGUGACAAUGUGCACAGCACAAAUAGUGUGCAAAUGGACCUUCUGGAAGCAGAGAAAUGGACAAAUAUUCAAAAGGGGAAAGUGGACAUUUCUGAGUUGACCUGGGAGCAGAAAGAAAGUGUGCUGCGGUUACUCUUUGCAAAAAUGAAUGGCCUGAAACAACGGAGAUACAGUAAAGCUCUGGUUCCUAUAACACCAUCCAGUUUUAAUUUUGAAGAAGCAAAGAAAUCUGGCACUGACGGUACUAUUCCCAUCUAUGCUUUCAUCACUCAGCAAGCACCACUGUCUGAGUCAUCUUCUCAUAGAAGAACAUCAGUCCUUCCUGAUAUUCAGGUUAUACCACCACAGCCAGAGUAAGCUGGUUGUUAAGUCAUGAAAUAACUGAAGUCCUGAAGUCUUUGGCUUUUUACCCUUCUUCCUGAGCUUCAGGUCUAUAAUGCUACAGCUGUGAAAUCACAGCACUGUUUCUAUGCAUAACAGCUUAUUAUUUCAAUUCUUAGUUUCAGAAGACUUGUAAUAUAACUAAUUUUUAAAAAGAAAAAAUUCGUCAAUUUUCUUUAAAAAAAAUUGAAGAUUACUCUUUGGUUAUAGACACCUUAAUUUUUCACUUUAAAGAGGACUGUGCUUGGUUUUUCAGAAGAUUGUAUACAGUGGGACCCCUGUAUCCGUGGAGAUAGGUUCCAAGCUGCUCAACAGAUAUCUGAAGCUGCAGAUAGUAGCGAACACUAUAUACUGUUGAACCUUGACUUUUGCGGGUUUAACCUUCAUGGAUUUGAUUAUUUGUGAGUUUGGCAUCACUAAUUAAAUGGGAUUUAUUUUCUUUUGGAGUUUUGUGGCCUACUGUGCUACAGAUGGAUGCAGGUGGAGGAGGGGUAGGUGAGAAGAGACCCAGAGACCUGUGUGGGGAACGCUCCCUGGCUGCCGACUGGGUGGAUACCAGACUUGGGAUAAGGUGAGCAGCUGAAUGCAAAGCUUAUGACAUGAUACAGAAUGAGCUCCCCUGGAGCAGGCCACACUCCAGCAUGUUAGGGCUUGGUUUUGGACUGUGGUCAUCCAUGGUUAAGUGGAACUGUGCUAACUGGAACAGCAGAUGCAGGGGUUUCACUGUAUUCUGAAUUUUUUAAAAAAUCUAAGGAAAAUAUGUUCAAAGUUUAUAAAAGUAUUUUGAAAGCAUUGUGUUUUCUUGAAGUAAAUGGUAGAGUAAGGAUGAGAUUGAGCAGCCUCACGAGAAUGAGAAUGUCUCUCAUUCAGAGACAAUGCUAAAACAUGACUUUGUGCUUUUUGACAGUUCAGCAUUUUCCAAGGCUUGUAUCCUCCCCAUCAAUGUGUGUAACUGUGGCCUGUCAUUACAUUUAAACCAGAGAUCAUGUUAGGAUCAAAACAACCUGACUCCAAACCACGGGUUUUAUGCAUAACAGGAAUUGGUAUUAAAUUCUCUAGUUUAAAAGAACAAGCCACAUUUAAGGGAAAACAGAAGAUUCUGAAUGUCUUUUCCCUGCUGUAAGAUAAGGAAAAGUACACGAACCAAGAAAUUUAGGCUCAUAUCUGAUCAUGACUAAAAUUUAACUUGUUGAAAUCAACGGGAUUAGGGGAAUUAAUUAGGACUGUUAUCCUAAAGAAAAUCAGUACACUUUGCAUUUAAUAGGAAUUUAUUCA